AUAGAUUGUACAGAAUACUGCUAAAUGUUAAGACACAGCAGGGUCCAAGCGUGAGCGUCACUGUCAAAUCUUACGUAUUCUCUCUCUCCUCUCUCUCUCUCUCUCUCUCUCUUCAGUUCUCAGAGAGAAGAAUUCAUACGACAGCCUUCGCUCCAGAGAUUCCAUUCAAGCUUCGAUCUUUAUCACACUCUCUCUCUCUGGGUCUACCUCGUUUUCUUCUUUCAAUCUCACCCAAAAGAAAAAAAAAAUGUUUCGGUUUACCAAGGCCUGAAUUUGCUUCCUGAGAUUCAAAGAGAGGAAUGGAGGGUGACACAUUCUCUGGCCUUGCCAAUGGUGGUGCUCAGAUUGAUGCCAACAUCAUGCAGACAUUUCAAAAGAGCUUUGUUCAAGUCCAGAGCAUUUUUGAUCAGAACAGGCUACUCAUCAAUGAGAUAAACCAGAACCAUGAGUCUAAGGCCCCUGAUAACCUCACCAGAAAUGUAGGUCUCAUUAGGGAGCUCAACAACAAUAUCAGAAGAGUGUAUGACCUAUAUGCUGAUCUUUCAAGUUCCUUUACCAAAUCCAUGGAAGUUACUUCAGAGGGGGAUUCCAGUGGUGGUGUGAAAUCAGAUGGGAAGUUAGGCCACAAGAGACACAGGCCUGUGUAGACACUUUUUUUCCCUGUCAUUCUUUUGCUUGAUGGAGAACUACAACAAGUGUUGAAGGCUAGAACACAAGGUUAGAAGAUUCAGUAGUUGAAGAAGCUCUACAUCUACAUCACUUGUUGCUUAUAUUCCAAAUAAAAAAUUAUAUAUUGAUUUUUAUCUACAAUUCUCUCAUUGUAAUUUGUAACCAUGUAAUUUGGGAUCUAAUAGAAGUCUAGCAUGGUUGUGCAACUAAUUCAAUCAUGCUACUGUUGUUUAAAGUGGAAAUAAGAGAGUCUUUCAUAUUUUUUA